CAUCCCGGAAGUGAGGGCGGAGCUACUAAAGUGUAGGAGCCCAGUGAACGGAAGGUGCUGUUGGAGUCUCUGAAGUAGCUUUAAAUUCUUUUGGUCAUUGGAGCCUCUCCUUCUCGGCUGGAGUCGGGCCUCACGCGCCGAAUGGCUUUGGACGUGAAGUCGCGAGCAAAGCGUUAUGAGAAACUGGACUUCCUCGGAGAGGGACAGUUUGCCACAGUUUACAAGGCCAGAGACAAGAACACCAAUCAGAUUGUCGCCAUUAAAAAAAUCAAACUUGGACAUAGAUCAGAAGCUAAAGAUGGUAUAAAUAGAACAGCCUUAAGAGAGAUUAAAUUAUUACAGGAGCUAAGUCAUCCAAAUAUAAUUGGCCUUCUUGAUGCUUUUGGACAUAAAUCUAACAUUAGUCUUGUAUUUGAUUUUAUGGAAACUGAUCUAGAGGUUAUAAUAAAGGAUAAUAGUCUUGUGCUGACACCGUCACACAUCAAAGCAUACAUGUUGAUGACUCUUCAAGGAUUAGAAUAUUUACAUCAGCAUUGGAUUCUACAUAGGGAUCUGAAACCAAACAACUUACUGCUAGAUGAAAAUGGAGUUCUAAAACUGGCAGAUUUUGGCCUGGCCAAGUCAUUUGGGAGCCCCAAUAGAGCUUAUACACAUCAGGUUGUAACCAGGUGGUAUCGGGCCCCUGAGUUACUAUUUGGAGCUAGGAUGUAUGGUGUGGGUGUGGACAUGUGGGCUGUUGGCUGUAUAUUAGCAGAGUUACUUCUAAGGGUUCCUUUUUUGCCAGGAGAUUCAGACCUUGAUCAACUAACAAGAAUAUUUGAAACUUUGGGCACACCAACAGAGGAACAGUGGCCUGCAUUGAAAACUAAGUAUUUUAGUAAUCGGCCAGCCCCUACACCUGGGUGUCAGCUACCAAGACCAAACUGUCCAGUGGAAACUUUAAAAGAGCAACCAAACCCAGCUGUGGCAACAAAGCGGAAAAGAACAGAGGCCUUGGAACAAGGAGGAUUACCCAAGAAACUAAUUUUUUAAUUACAGGGAACACUAGACAGUAGUUCACUGCUGAAGGAAAUAAGGAGAAAAACAAAUAAUGGAAAAAUAGUAAAUGUUAAGUAAAUGCUGUAGAACUGACUUUGUAAAUAUUCUGUACAUGCAAAAUAUAUGAAACUAUGGGUUAUUUUUAUUAAAUGUAUUUUAAAAUAAAUUCUGGUUUUUCUGAUUAGCGUAUACAAGUGAAAUAAGUUCAGUUCUUUGAAAUAUAGAAUUGAAAAUGCAUUAGGGAAACCCUAAUAAAAGUAACUCAGUUAUUUUGAAAAACUACCUCAUACAGUGUCACAAAUUUAUAGAAACAGAGGUUGUAUUUAAAAGUAUAUUAAAAAUGUUAGUAGUACUACAGCAAAUUACCUACUACCCAGAGUUAAGAAAUGUUAAUAUAUAUGAAAAAGAAAAAAAGGAAAUAUUAGAGAUAUAAUUGAGGUCCCUUUCAUAGUUCAUUCCAUUCCCAUUUCUCCCUUUUCACUGUCCCCAAGAGGGAACAACUCUCAUGAAGUUAGUAUUCAUCCUUCCAUGUUCUUAUACUGCUGUUUUAUAAGAAUGCAUGUAGUAUGCAUAACAGCAUACAGCAUUGUUUGGGGUCUCCAGAUUUUUCAUAAAUGGCAUUAUACUGUUCAUCUCAUAUUGCAACUUUUUAUUCAAAACUUUUUAAUUUUUGUUGUUGAAAAUAUACACAGCAGCACAUAAAUACCAAUUCAACAAUUACUACAUGUACAAUUCAGUAACAUU